GGCAAACUGGUCUAUGCCAACCAAGGAAAAAUGAGUGAUUAUGAAUUCCUUCACAAUCAAAGCAUCAGCCUCAACGGCACAAUUGCCAUCACUCGCUAUGGAGGAGCCGGCAGAGUUGCCAAGGCAAUCAAUGGGGCAAAAUUUGGUGUCAUUGGUGUGGUGGUGUACACAGAUCCUGCAGACAUCAACGAUGGGAAAUCUUCGCCCAAGGAGACCUAUCCUUAUUCGUGGUACAUGCCCCGCUCCGGCGUAGAGAGAGGCUCUUUCAAAACCGGGUUCGGAGAUCUCCUGACACCAUAUUUUCCUGCCAAAAAUUUCACCUACCGGAUCCCAGAAGAUCAGAUCACUGGGAUUUCCACAAUCCCCAUACAACCCAUCGGCUUUGAGGAUGCCAAGGAGCUGAUCUGUAACCUUGGCGGACCCAAAGCAGGGGCUGGCUGGCAAGGGGCCCUGGGCUGUGAUUACCACCUUGGGCCCGGAUUCCAAGGAAAUGGGAGCUUUCCUAACACCAGCAACGUCCAGGUGGAAGUCUACAACCAGAGAGAGAUCAAACCAUCUUCCAAUGUCCUGGGGGUGAUACGAGGAAGUGUGGAACCAGAUCGAUACGUCCUGUAUGGGAACCACCGGGACAGUUGGGUUCACGGAGCCAUUGACCCUAGCAGCGGAACAGCUGUCAUGCUUGAAAUCACCCGUAUUUUGGGGAAGAUGGUGAAGGAAGGGAAGUGGCGCCCACGAAGAACCCUUAUUUUUGGCAGCUGGGGUGCUGAAGAGUUCGGCCUCAUCGGCUCGACAGAGUACACAGAGGAAUUUUUCAGCAAAUUGCAAGAGAGGAGCGUGGCCUACAUCAACGUGGAUAUUGCUGUCUUUGCUAAUGCCACCCUCAGGGUCCAAGGGACGCCCCCAGCCCAAAAUGUCAUUUUUGCAGCUGCUCAGCAGGUCAAGACCCCAGCAGAUGCUUCGGUGUCAGUCUAUGAAAACUGGAAACGCCACUUCAACAGAAAUAGCUCGGUCUACGGAAUAAUCCCCAGCUUAGGGUCCCUGGGGGCCGGAAGCGAUUUUGCUCCUUUUAUCCACUUUCUGGGCAUCACCGCGAUGGAUAUCGCUUACACCUACGAUCGGAGCAAAACGUCAGCACGCAUUUACCCGGCCUACCACACGGCCUUUGACACCUUCGACUACGCAGACCGAUUUAUCGAUCCAGGUUUCACCAGCCACCGGGCCGUGGCGCAAACGGCUGGCAACGUCCUGCUGCGCUUGGCGGAGUCCUUGAUCCUGCCCCUCAACGUGAGCAACUAUGGGGAGACGUUGCAAGCCAUGUACGACACGGCCGAGCGAGUGUUCCAGGUGGACCUCCUCAACCACAACAUCUCUCUUGUCCCACUCCGCAAUGCAGUUGUGCGCUUCCAGUCUGCAGCAGCCGGCCUCAACCAGCGCAUCGCAGGCUUGCAAAAUGAAGACUCCCCCAGUCCUCUUGCUCUGCGGACGGUGAACGACCAGUUGAUGUUGCUAGAACGGACAUUUUUAAAUCCACGAGCUUUCCCAGACAAAUAUUAUUACAGCCACGUCAUCUGGGCCUCCCAAUCGUCGUCCGUGGCUACCUUCCCAGGCCUGGCCGACGCCGUGGCUGCUGCCAAAGAGCAGGGCAAGUGGGACCAGGUCCAUAAACAUCUAACGGUGGUUAUCCAAGCGGUGGAAAACGCUGCCUCCUUUCUUGAACCCGUGGCCGAAUGA